AUGUUGGCAGCGUUAUUCAGAUGUAGAUCUCCAUGUUUCGAGUGGCAGGAUUACUCUGUCAUAGCUGGGAGUAUAGACAUGUUUCCACUGUACUUUGCGCGGGAGGGCAGUUUGAAUUUGAACAAGUUAACAGCGCCACUUCUUGGAACGGGAAUGGACCGUGAAAGAAUGGGCCCCACGCCAGCAACCUACGGUCAAAGCUUAGUCAAGCGUGUGAUGGGAGGAGAUCCCGAAUCCUUGCAAGAUUUCUGUGUUGCAGACAGGCAAGGCCAAGUUUCAGUGAACGGCUUCUCUUGCAAGGACCCCAAAAUGGUUUCAGCAGAGGACUUCUUCUUCGGAGGGCUGCGACGAGGGGACACGGGCAACGCCGUAGGGUCUAACGUAACAGCAGCCAACGUUAACCAGAUUCCGGGGUUAAACACACUAGGAAUAUCAUUGGUCCGCAUAGACUACGCUGUGGAUGGAAUUAAUCCUCCUCACACCCAUCCAAGAGCCACAGAAAUCCUGGUUUUACUUAAAGGCAAACUGCUAGUGGGAUUCAUCGAUACAACAAACAAGUUUCACAGCAAGGUGUUGAAGAAAGGAGACGUGUUUGUGUUUCCCAAGGGAUUGCUACAUUUCCAGCGUAAUGUGGGGGAGCGAAAUGCGGUGGCCAUCGCUGGGUUGAGCAGCCAGAAUCCAGGAGUUCAGGUUACUGCCAAUUCCCUCUUUGCAGCAAAUCCUCCUUUGCCAGAUGGUGUAUUGACCAAGGCCUUCCGCAGUGAUAAAACAGUAGUCGAUUUCAUUCAAGGCAAAUUCAUGUAA